AUGCCUCUUACCGGAGACAACAGAAGUGGAAAAUCACCAGACGCCGCUCGAGGAGGAAUACUGAGCGGUUGGUUGGGCGGCUCUGGAUCUCCCAACAGCGCGGAAGGAACCAGUCCGACAACCCAGACGAACAAAAUGAACGAUGUCGACGCAGACGGAACGCCCUCGAGGUUGCAGAGGAGGGCGACAGCUGGCCAAACGUCAAAAGGAACCUCGCCAAAUACCUCAAGAUUCGCCUUCUUCAGCUCUCCGUUCGGGAAGAGUAACCAGGCUGUCCCCGACCCGAAGCAAGACGAGGAGCUGUUAAGCCUCAACAUCCAAGAAGCCCUCUUCCCUCCGUCUUCACCGACACAUCGGGACGCCUUCUCCCCUGCGGCGUUCAAGAAUCUCGAGACUACGGCAAUCGGCCUAUUGACGAAAUACCAAAACGCCUUCCAACGGCAGCAUGCCACAAUCCAAGAGAUGCGGGAAGAGAAGGACGCUCAGGAGGACGAGAACGAGGAAGCCGACACACGAAUUCAGCACCUAAAGGUUCAACUUGAGAACAUGGCCUCCAAGGUCGCCGAGCAGGAGCAGUCCAUGCAACAACUCAUGGCGGAACUAGCGGCGGAGAAAAAGGCAAGGCAAGAGGAGCGUUUGAUGAGCCAACGGGGCCGGCCUAUUUCCGAGGGAUCAUCAAUAUCCGAAGACCUGGGUGUGGAGGAAGAUCAGGCGAGGAGAAAGUGGAGAAAGAGUGCCGGGUUCGACACCGAUGAGGAAAGCGUCGAGGACGCCAGCGUCUUCUCGAGAUCACGAAGCCCGACCACCGCCGCGCCGAGCGUCUUUGAGGGUAACGAUACGCCUCCCGCGCUCGCCAGGAGCAAUACCGGCAAUACCCUGGGCCCCCCGAAAGCGUCGCGGCCGGUUGCCCCAAAGACUCCGCAGCAGACGAGCGUGUUCCAGAAGUUGAUGCGAGGUGUGACGGGCGACGCAAACCAACAAGCCGGCGCGACGUCAUGUACGAACUGUCGCGGCCAGGACGAGCGGGCUGCGUGGGACACCGUCAGCCUACUGAGGGAUGAGAACCGCGGCCUGAAGCACCGUGUUGCUGAGCUCGAAACGUGUGUGGAUACUGCGUUGGACGUCGUGAACGGUCUUAGACUUGACUAA